AUGGCUUCUAUCGGACGACUAUGGUUGGAGAUUGCUCAUCGGCUUGCCAGCAGUUUGGUAAUUCCAUUCAAUGUUCUUGAUUAUGCGCAGUCUCUUCUUGUUCUUUUCCACAAAGUUGAAGUACAAGUCGCGAAGCUGGAUAUUGUGAAGGAAGCUCCAUGGCUGCCACAUAAGCUGAGUAGUCUGAAAGAAGCACUGCGGAGAUUCUACAAUACAGCAAGAAGGAUCCAAAUGGAGGCGGAGGACAUUACGAAUGCUGCAACUGACGUAACUCCUCAACGCCUGGAAUCUAUCAACUUUCGCCUUCAACACAUUGAACGCUCCUUCAUAGAUAUAAAUUCGCAGAAUCCAUAUUACAAACAUUUGGUCUUUUCCCCAUCCUCGCAAACAUCACGGUUCACAUCUUUUUCAAGUAUCCUCGAUCCAGCCUUAUAUUAUCACUUGUUUCGCAAUGAAACCGAUUUGCACAACUUAGCCAUGGCUAUCACAAAGGUGCAAUAUGCCGUUGAAACUGCCAUUGAUACAUUGCAUUGA